AUGGCGGCCUCUUAUGAAUCACAAAGAGAUGUUGUUGAAUUGGCGACCCUUGAACAGACGAAAAAACAUGUGGAGGAAUUAGAGGAGGUUCUUAAGAAAUUUGAACAAACUUAUUUGGAAAAAGGAAAAGCCGCAGAUGAUACGCUUUUGAGUGAUGAAGAAAUGGAAAAGUUAAGUCAGAUGAUGAACGUUGUGAAAGUUCUGAACAAUUGUUCGACAAAGAUAGGACAGUCAUUGCCGCUAAAAGAAGAAGAAGAAAGAGAAUUAAUUGAAGUUGAUUUGAAUAAUAUACCCUAAUUAAAUGCUGAAUCAU